AUGGCGGCUUGGUUCCGUCCCCUCCGUACCGUCCUCCGUGCUCCGCGCCGUCGUAAACUCGGUACGAUUCUGUUGACCGGACUCUGGUUCUGGGCGCGGGGGUGCACGGGUCCACCUCCCGCCGUUGCCGCGGCUGCCCAUUCAAUGCCAUCCUCCCGUGUCGCUCCGUCCCGGCAGACCCGCACCCGUCACGGUUCUACCGCCGCCAACCCGUCGCGCAAGGCCGGGACGGCCCCCGGCGCCGCCCCCCGCCAUACCGUCGCCUCCCGUCGAGGCACCCGGUGGCUAGUGGCCACCGGUACGGGCACCGUUCUCGCCGCCACGGGAUACGCCGUCACGGAACGUCGUCACCGCGCCAAAGAACAAUUCCGUCAGGAUCAUCCGGAUCAGCCCGAAUUGUACGAUCAACGGGAAGAAAUUGUGGGCGACGAACUCGUCUACACCAAAGUCACCACGCGGUCGCAGCAAGACGAAGAAAAGGCGUUGGUCACUACGCGCAAACUCGUCCGCGAGCAGGCGCGGAAAAUGGUCCAAAAUGUUCUGCACGAACAGGAACAGCGUGAAAAGAAAGGCACGGCCAACCGGGGCGGGAACGUGCCGCGGGCCUGGCAGGAAGAAACCGAACGCCGACGCACCCGGCCAGCGGACGACUUGCCGCCCGCCUUGCGGGACACGGGCGCAACCAAGAGCAACAGCGAUACGCCCCUGGCUUGGCGCCAGCGAGUGGAACAGAUUCUCAAGCCGCCGUCGCCACCGAAGCCUGUUGUGCCGCAACUGGACAAUAUUACUCCGUUUGUUGGCCGUGCGCCGCCGCCGUCGAGGACCGGGAUCAAUGGUGAUUAUGACGCGUCGGGUAUGAUGAUGAGUGAAAUCGAUUACGGCGACAUCGAGCCACCACCAGCAGUGUCCAACAGUGACGCACCCCAGGCCUGGAAACAAAAGGGACGACAGACGAUCGACGACAUCAUCGACGAAGAAGACACCAAUAGCGAUGCUCCGCAGGCGUGGACCGAGUCAACAGGUGCAACUUCUACAGACAACACGAAUCGUGAUGCUCCGAGCGCUUGGUCGAAUGCACCUCCUCGCCCAAGCGUGGACAACGCGCUUUCGAAGCGUGAGAAUUUACCACCGCGUCGAUCCAUUGAAGAAGUCCUGGGUGUUGACGAUAGUCUCCCCGACCCAGCUGCUUCCAUGAUUCCCACCGGCAACCAACCCAAUUUGGAAGGGAUUUUAAGUUCGGACAAGUCGGACAGCGACGCCCCGCUUAUGUGGAGGGAGGGGGGCGUCGCCGGCAAUACCAACGAAGCUUUGCCACCGGCUGAUGGAGAUACACCGUUGCUAUGGCGGGAAGAGGCCCAGCGCCAACGUAGGGAAGGAAGACCGCAACGCUAUCCCUGGGAAGGUCCUCCGCCGCCGGAAAAUGCCAAAUCCGUGGUAACGGACGGUUUAGCGUACCCCGAACCAGAUGCGCAACCGUCCAGGGAUCCAGACCCGAUUGCAGAAGAAUCAGAGGCGGAAAAUGAAUUGGCUGCAUUUGAAGAGGAGCCAGUCGUCAUGGAGGAACUGUCCGUCACGGAUGAAUCGGCUUUUGCCGAGGCACCCCCUCUUCUCGAGUAUGAACCGCCCAGGGUCACUAUGGAUGAUUUAGAGACGGAAAUUCACGUCGCCGAGUCCAAGCGAGAGGAAACUUCGUCCGAACUAGUCUCGCAAGUCGAAACCGCAGCCCCUAAGGAAGCUGAAGUUCCGGAAUUGGAAUCAGUAACAAAAGUGGAAGAUCUACUUGAAGACCAAGGGGCCACCGCCGACGUAGUGGAUUUCGUCGACCCCGACAACAAAACAAAUCGGAGCGAUCCGGCGAAAUCGGACAGGAAGAAACAAAAAAUGAAUCAACCGAAAACGAAAGAAGAGGAAGAAGAACUGCAAAGAAAGUACGCCGCUGCACCAACUUUGGAAGACAAGGCCUUCCAGAUCCUCAAGGAUCUGGGCAUGCUGGAAGACAUUAGCGAAGAGAAUGAAAGCGAGGACAAGAGCACAUAA